UUGUCCUCAAUAUGCUGUGUGCUUCAUCUUUUUGACAAUUAGCUGCCUCUAACAAAGCAAGCUCUUUGAUCUUCUUUGCAUUAACGUCUCCCUUUUCUGUAGGCAAAAGCUCAAAUGUAGGAAGAGCAACACUUAUUUAUUAAAAUGGCAUCAGUGGUUAGUUAUCACUCUUCCCCAAUUCCCUCCCAUUCUCUCGGAAAGAUCUCUUUUGCCCAUACGUACAGCCUCACAAAGAUCCUUAUCUUUCUUUCUCCUCUUCGGAAUUCACCAUCAAUCCCCACGGACGGCAGCGCCUGAGAGAAGGCGAAGUAGAGAAGAUGGCGGAAGAGAAGGAAAAGGAGGAGGUCUACGUCGGAUCCAUCGACCAGGGAACGAGCAGCACCCGCUUCGUAAUCUACGAUCGAGAGGCCAAGCCCAUUGCUUCUCACCAAGUGGAAUUCACCCAGUUCUACCCCGAGGCCGGGCAUGCACCGCUCCUUCUCGUUUCUCGUUUCUGUUUUGAUCUUGAAGAUCCGUUCUUUUUCUCGUUAAAAAUUGAAUCUUUAGGCGGAUGGAGCUUCUCUGCUUUGCUCUUCAAAAAAAUCCGUUCUUUUUUGACCUUUCUCGUUAAGAAUUGGAUCCUUGGGUGCUUUUUUUCUUUCUUUUUUAAUAGGUGGGUUGAGCAGGAUCCGAUGGAGAUCUUGGAGAGCGUGAAGGUGUGCACGGCGAAGGCCGUCGACAAGGCCACGGCGGACGGGUACAACGUGGACAGGGGCUUGAAGGCUAUUGGUAUUGCGAACCAGAGAGAGACCACUGUGGUUUGGAGCAAGUCAUCGGGUCUUCCCUUCCACCAUGCCAUCGUCUGGAUGGACGUCCGGACCAGCUCCAUCUGCAGGAGAUUGGAGAGCGAGCUUCCCGGUGGGAAAAACCAUUUCCUUGAUGCAUGCGGUUUGCCCAUCAGCACCUACUUCAGUGCCAUCAAGCUCCUGUGGCUGAUGGAAACAGUCGAAGCCGUGAAGCUGGCCGUUCAAGCCGGGGAUGCGCUGUUCGGCACCAUCGAUGCAUGGUUGAUCUGGAACCUCACCGGAGGCUGCGGCGGCGACGUCGGCGCCGUCGACCAGGAGCAGCACAGGGUCUAUGGCUUGCAUGUCACCGAUUGCUCCAACGCAUCCAGGACGAUGCUCAUGAACCUCAAGACUUUGGACUGGGACAAGCCCACGCUGGAGACCUUAGGCAUCCCCAUUGAGAUGAUGCCCAAGAUCGUCACCAACUCGGAGAUCAUCGGCGUGGUUGCCCAUGGAUGGCCCCUCUCUGGGGUGCCCAUCGCCGGAUGCCUCGGCGAUCAGCAUGCUGCGAUGCUAGGUCAGUUGUGUCAGCAUGGUGAAGGCAAGAGCACCUAUGGGACUGGUGCAUUCAUUCUUAUCAAUACCGGAAAGGAUAUCGUCAGAUCGCACCAUGGAUUGCUCAGCACGGUUGCAUACAAGCUCGGCCCGGGUGCGCCGACGAACUACGCAUUGGAAGGGUCCAUCGCCAUUGCAGGCGCCGCCAUCCAGUGGCUGAGAGAUGGCCUUGGGAUCAUUCAGAAUGCAGCAGAGGUCGAAGAGUUGGCAGAGCUCGUCGAGAACUCCGGCGGAGUGUACUUUGUGCCGGCGUUCAUUGGGCUGUUUGCACCGUGGUGGCGCGAUGAUGCAAGGGGGGUGUGCAUAGGGAUGACCAGGUUCAGCAACAAGGGGCACAUUGCUCGGGCCGUGCUAGAAAGCAUUUGCUUUCAAGUGAAUGAUGUGCUCGAAUCUAUGUACAAGGAUGUUGUGGAGCAUGGUGGAGUAGAAAGCAAAGAUGGGUCAUUCUUGCUUCGGGUUGAUGGUGGUGCUAGUGCCAAUAAUCUUCUUAUGCAGACCCAGGCUGAUCUUUUGGGUAGUGCAGUUGUGAGGCCUGGGAACAUAGAAACAACAGCUCUUGGUGCAGCAUAUGCAGCUGGACUUGCUGUUGGGAUUUGGUCAGAAGAACAGAUAUUUGCAUUUGGUGACAAUGCAAAGGCUACCAUUUUCCAACCCCAAUUGGAUGAGUCCAAGAGGCAGAAGAGGUCUGAUUCCUGGUGCAAGGCUGUCUCUAGAACUUUUGAUUUGGCUGACCUUGGCCACUGAUGUCCACAUAUUUUCGCGGUUAGCCUCCUAAUCGGCCUCCUUUAUAGAAGGAACAUUAACCCUUAAAUAAGGUUCUCACUGGAGAUUUUGCCAAAUGAAACAAGUAUUUUAUGUUUCUUGACAAGGACAAAACUCUUGUGAACGGAACAUACCUCUUGUCUUUCAAAGCCUUAAUGGGAAUGAAAUUGAAUUCGUUUUUCAAAGCCUCAGUUAGCAAUAAUUUCAAAAUUUUUGAAUUCAGAGAUUGAGAAAAUUAAUUUUUUCUGGGAUCAGGGAACAUCCUAUGCUCCUGAAUGAACUCAUUCCCGGACAGGUCAGUGUUGAGCUCCUACCAUCCUGCUAGAUCUGUUUCAUUCCAACCUCAUUAAGUCACUAUUAACAUGUUGUCCAUUAAUUAAGUGGCUAUUAUGGCACCGAUAUGCCUUGUAUUGGCACUGAUCGACAAAUUUGUAAUAUUUGAUUAAGAUUUCCUUAAGACAAAUUUUCGCAUGUUCUCCAUGUCAUAAUCAUGCAGAGGUAAAUCUAA